CCCGUCUGUACAUUUAUUUGAUGUACUGCGCUACACAAAGUAGUCUGGUGUUCAGUAGAUUGCGAAUUUCAUGAAAGUAAACGUUCUCCUGGUUUAUAUUCUUUCAAAGAACUGUUGUUAUCACUUAAAUGUCACUGCGAUUGACGUGCAGAAUACCAAGAUUUCGUGACGUUGCCCGACACAUCUCGUCUUCCCCAGUUUUGUCCAAACAACCAUUUUAUGACAAACUACGAUCUAAAAGAUCCAACCCACCACCACAUCAUUCACUCCCUUUUUAUGAUGAAGCACCACCUGAUAGCUUUCCGAGUAAACAAGUGGAUAUUGUUGGUCAGUGGGGUUCUACAGACAAUAGUAUAAAGAGAUUAAGGUUUCGUCAUGGUGAAUUCUUAAAAACUAUACCAACGUCAUUUGAAAAACUCCAGGAGUUGUAUUUUCUUGAAGAUAACAUGUGGUUUCAUUCCAUUGAUAUUCCUUUACAACAUCCUGAAAUGUUAGAAUUUUCUCAAUUUGUCACGCGUACAAAACUCAUUCCAUGGAUACCAGAGUCAUACGACUGCAAUCCAAUUUUGUCGAGUUAUUUAAAGUAUCUUUUUUCUGAAGAGUUACAUUCUGUUAACAGUAAACCUGUUAAUAUCCAUGAUCAGAGUAUUAAUGGACUUAAUUUACGUGCAGAUUAUCGACGCAAAAAAAUAUCAAUGAUUAUGGAAACAGUAUAUCGGGCAUUUUUAUCUGCUAGAACAGAAUCACUAGUUAACGAGUUAUCCACACAAAUUGAUGAACGCGCUACCAUAGAAAUAUUUUUAAAACGACUAGUCGAUCACGAAGUGUUUGAAAACUUCGAGAAUGUAAAUGAAGAUGUUUAUGAACCCGUAAACGAGACAAUUGUUGACGUCGAACGUUGUGUACAUUAUCGUAUUCGGUCUGAGUUAGCUUGGCAGUUGCGGGGACCAUUUCCUUUAAAGCCUCAUUUUAAUUUAGACGAUCCAAUUUGCUUUCUAGAAAACCCUAUUGUAUGCAAUUAUCGCCCAGAAGCAUUUGAUUUGCAACAUAUUGAGUGUUAUAAUUUCAAUUGUUUACCAUUUGCAAGAACGAUCGAUUUUUCCGAAUUUGCUCGAUCUAUUGCAGGUUAUUGGUCUCGCACACCAUUCUGGGAAGGAGAUCCUUGUGAAUUUGGUUUACUUGGAGUUCUUGAUUUAAAUCGUUCCGAAUGUGUACGAAAUGAAAUUAGUUGUUCUGGUCUUCCAGAUAAUGUAAAAAAUAAUAUUUUAAUACGACAUGGAAUCGCUGAGGGUGUUCUUACAGCAUUUGCAUGGGCGUCAGCCCAAGCUUACAAUCAAGGUUUUACUUUAUAUAAUGAAUUAACUUAUCCACUUUGCGUCCAACUAAUUCUAAUGGAUGGUAACCAUAUUCAGUUGUUACGCUUUCAAUUGAAUUCAAUAACAUCGUUAUGGAAAGCUGAGGAUUCAAUGUUACCAUAUAAUUUAGCUUGGUAUUCUCCACGAGUAGAAUUGUGUAAAUUACAAUCUGACUUAGAACAUAACGAAACAUUCACUGUAAAUAAUGAAGCUAUCUCACUUUUAACAUCUGCUAUGUUACAUCCUGUGGAUAAAAUUACUUCUAGUGAGUCACUUCGUCCUUAUCUUGCUGACGGAAUGGCACCAAGAAACUAUCUCAUAGAUAAAUCAUCAGCUAAACAUUUAAUUCCAUCUUCUGAAGAAGAUAAAUAUUAUCAUGAGAAAUUUGGUGAUAUGACCAAAUUGCAACUUAGUGAAACAGAAAUGAAUGCUUUAAAAUCUAGUGGCGAAUCAAAUAAAUCAAAGAAAUCAACGCGUUUGUAUACUUCAAAACGUCCACAUCCAAAUGAUAUAUUCUACUUUAAAUUAACAGACAAGAGUACCCUUAUCAAUGAAAUCAAAGAAAAAAUGCCUGAUUUCGGUGGAUCAUUUGGAAAACUUCCAGAGCCUUAUAACAGUAAAUUAAAAGAAUAUCAAGUGUUCAAACGUAAUUCACAACCACGAUUACGUGUUCAGCCUCCUCCACGUCGUUGGCGUUGAUUAACUUCAGGCACUUCAAUUCAAUAAUUACUUGUAAUAGUUUUUUGGGAUUUGUUCUAAAACAGAAUACAACUGUAUAGAAAUAUAAGUUUUAUUUGCAUUUAAAUGUUUUUUAUUUGUUGGUCAGUGUAAUAGUUAUGAACGGACUAAUUGUAUUGAUCGUCAUUUUUUUAAAAAUUCCCUUAGAUGAAAUUCAACAUUUUACUUUUUAUUAGAAAGAAGGGUAACUUUAUUGCAUCAAUUAGUUUGUUCUACUGAACAUCAUUUCAGUUUUUAUUUUAUAGAAUCUUGUUGUAUAUAGACUGUUAGCGAUAACGUCAUGUUUCUAAUUCAUUUCAAGUUGGGUUUUUAUAGAUUUCACUGAUUAUGUUAAUUGUUG